UUCAGUCUGCUUUUGUACUGGCAGGAAAUGGUAUAUUAGUGCAAUCCGGUGCCGCCUCCUAAGAGAUUACAGCUGAGGCCAGUGAGUGACAGGCUGUGUAACUAUGCCUGGGGAAGAUGAGGAUGCGCUGAGGGAACUGAGCGAGGUUCUGCCGCAAGAAGUGAGCUCCCUUUUCUCUGAAACCUACACAGAGGAAAGCCACUACGUGUUCUGCGGUCAGGAACUGCGUAUUACCCAGCACUAUGGCGCCAACCUCGGGGUGGCAGCGCCCGUGUGGGACGCAGCAUUGGAACUGUGUGGUUAUUUUGAAGAACAGAAACUAAAUUUUAAGGGGAAAAAAGUUCUUGAACUUGGUGCUGGAACUGGUAUUGUGGGCAUUCUGGCUUCCUUGCUGGGUGGCCAGGUUACUCUCACAGAUCUCCCACAUGCUCUGCCGCAAAUAAACAAAAAUGUCUCUGCAAACAUUCCUUUAAGAAAUGCCCCUAAUGUCUGUGCUCUGUCAUGGGGUGUCGACCAAGAGCAAUUCCCUCAGGACUACGACUUCAUCCUAGGAGCUGACAUUGUGUAUCUGAAGGCGACCUAUCCGCUCCUUAUCCAAACAUUACAGUUUCUUUGUGGACCUCACACUACUGUCCUCUUAUCCUCUAAGAUGCGUCAGGAGCAUGGCACGGUAGCUUUCUUCCAAGACAUGUUAACUAAAUAUUUUAUCUCAGAACUUGUUAAGAGAAAUGAAGAUAAGAAUAUAAAUAUAUACAAAGUGACACAAUGUUAUAACUGA